CCCGGAUGUCGAGAAGGCGCGCGCCGAGGCCGCGGCGGUGAAGACCUGCCGCUGAGACCCUUGGGAGGCAGCGCUCGCGCGGGAGUGCGCAGGCGCAGACGGCCGGCCCCCUCUCGAAGGUUGAUAGUCUUCAGCUGGAAUGGAUUGGGAGCUGAAAAAGAGAAAUCAUAAGUCAAGGACAAAAACAGGCUAACAUGACUGGUACCAUUAUAAUAUAGUGAGCCACCCCUUUUCUAAAGAAGAGCCCAAAGGAAGACUGGUCAUCUCUUGUAAAUCUCAAAACCAUGGCUCAGGGAUCAGUGUCAUUCAAAGAUGUGACUGUGGACUUCAGUCAGGAGGAGUGGCAGCACCUGGAUCCUGCUCAGAAGACACUCUACAUGGAUGUAAUGUUGGAAAACUAUUGCCAUCUCAUUUCUGUGGGGUGUCACAUGACCAAGCCUGAUGUGAUCCUCAAAUUGGAACGAGGAGAAGAACCGUGGACAUCAUUUAAAGGUCAUACCUGCUUAGAAGAAAACUGGAAAGCCGAAGACUUUUUAUUGAAAUUCAAGGAACAGCAAGAUAAGUAUUCUAGAUCAGUUAUAUUAAUCAACCACAAAAAGCUGGUUAACGAGAACGGUAGUACAUGUGAAAAGACAUUUACUUUAAGUAAAAACCCUAUUAAUUCAAAAAAGCUACCUCCUGAAUAUGACACUCAUGAAAAGAUUUUUAAAAAUGUUUCAGAAUUAAUCAUCAGUAAUCUAAGUCCUACAAGGAGACUUAGUGAGUGUAAUGGGUAUGGGAAAUCACUCCUCAAUUCUAAACCAGAGACAGCUCACUCUGGAGUCAAAUCUCAUAAUCAACGUGGGAGGACCAUCAGUCAUAAUGAAAUGAUCACACAGUAUCAUAAGAUGGAAACUCCAGCACAGUCAUUUGAAUAUAAUGACUGUGAGAAAGCCUUUCUUAAAAGAGGAGGCCCAAUUACACAUAGUAGAACUUAUAGAAGGGGAAACACAUCUGAUUAUAAUAAAAGAAGAAGAACAGCCAAUAUUGAAAAAAAGCAUACAUGCACUGAAUGUGGGAAGUCCUUUUGCAGGAAAUCAGUAUUGAUUCUGCAUCAGGGAAUUCACACAGAAGAAAAACCCUAUCAGUGUCAUCAGUGUGGAAAUUCAUUUAGGAGGAAAUCCUAUCUCAUUGAUCAUCAGAGAACUCACACAGGAGAGAAACCCUUUGUUUGUAAUGAAUGUGGUAAAUCUUUCCGCCUAAAGACAGCCCUCACUGAUCAUCAGCGAACACAUACAGGGGAGAAAUCAUAUGAAUGUCCACAAUGUAGGAAUGCCUUUAGAUUGAAAUCACACCUCAUUCGUCAUCAGAGAACUCACACAGGAGAGAAACCAUAUGAGUGUAGUGACUGUGGGAAGUCUUUCCGCCAGAAGACAACACUCUCCCUACAUCAGAGAAUUCAUACAGGAGAAAAACCCUAUAUUUGUAAAGAAUGUGGAAAGUCCUUUCAUCAGAAGGCAAACCUUACUGUACAUCAAAGAACUCAUACAGGGGAAAAACCCUAUAUUUGUAAUGAAUGUGGGAAAUCCUUCUCCCAGAAGACAACCCUUGCUCUUCAUGAGAAGACUCAUAAUGAAGAGAAACCUUAUAUUUGUAAUGAAUGUGGAAAAUCCUUCCGCCAGAAGACAACCCUCGUGGCACAUCAGAGAACACAUACAGGGGAAAAAUCCUAUGAAUGUCCUCACUGUGGGAAGGCUUUUAGAAUGAAGUCAUACCUCAUUGAUCAUCACAGAACUCACACAGGAGAGAAACCAUAUGAAUGUAAUGAAUGUGGAAAAUCCUUCAGUCAGAAGACAAAUCUCAAUUUACAUCAGAGAAUCCACACAGGAGAGAAACCUUAUAUUUGUAAUGAAUGUGGGAAGUCUUUUCGCCAGAAAGCAACCCUCACUGUACAUCAGAAAAUACAUACAGGGCAGAAAUCCUAUGAAUGCCCUCAGUGUGGGAAAGCCUUUAGCAGGAAAUCAUAUCUCAUUCAUCAUCAAAGAACUCAUACAGGAGAGAAACCAUACAAGUGUAAUGAAUGUGGGAAGUGCUUCCGCCAGAAGACAAAUCUCAUUGUACAUCAGAGAACUCACACAGGGGAGAAACCUUAUAUGUGUAAUGAAUGUGGUAAGUCUUUCACAUUCAGCCGUGGCUCACACCUUACUCAACAUCAGAAAACUCAUACUGGUGAAAAGCCCUUUGAAUGUAAGGAAUGUGGGAAGGCCUUCAGUCGUGCCUCACACCUUGUUCAACAUCAGAGAAUUCAUACAGGUGAGAAACCUUAUGACUGCAAGGAGUGUGGGAAGGCCUUCGGUCGAACUUCCGAACUCAUUCUCCAUCAGAGACUUCAUACAGGUGUCAAACCUUAUGAAUGUAAAGAAUGUGGAAAGACCUUUCGACAGCAUUCACAACUUAUUCUGCAUCAUAGGACUCAUACAGGUGAGAAACCCUACGUCUGUAAAGACUGUGGCAAGGCUUUUAUUCGUGGCUCACAACUUACUGUUCAUCGGCGAAUUCAUACAGGUGCUAGACCCUAUCAGUGUAAAGAAUGUGGGAAGGCCUUUAGACAGCAUUCACAACUUACCGUACAUCAGAGAAUUCAUACCGGGGAGAAACCCUAUGAAUGUAAGGAAUGUGGCAAGGGCUUUAUUCAUAGCUCAGAAGUUACUCGACAUCAAAGAAUUCAUUCUGGGGAGAAACCCUAUGAAUGUAAAGAAUGCGGGAAGGCCUUUAGACAGCAUGCACAGCUUACACGACAUCAGAGAGUUCAUACAGGUGACAGACCCUAUGAGUGUAAGGACUGUGGAAAAGCCUUCAGUCGUAGUUCAUACCUUAUUCAGCAUCAAAGAAUUCAUACAGGUGACAAGCCCUAUGAAUGCAAGGAAUGUGGGAAAGCCUUUAUUCGUGUUUCACAGCUGACUCAUCACCAGCGAAUUCAUACUUGUGAGAAACCCUAUCAAUGUAGGGAAUGUGGAAUGGCCUUCAUUCGUAGUUCACAACUUACUGAACAUCAAAGAAUUCAUCCUGGUAUCAAACCUUAUGAAUGUAGAGAAUGUGGGCAGGCCUUUAUUCUUGGCUCACAGCUCAUCGAACACUACCGAAUUCAUACUGGCUAGAAAGCCUUGGUGUUCGGGACGUAGGGAAGCCUUUAUGUGGAAUUCAUGCCUCGCUCAAUAGUAAAUAAUGCAUAAUGUAAUGUAAUUAUUGUCAGAGAACCUUCAUUUGUCACUUCCAUUAUGGAACGUCAGGUAACUCAUACCAGAAGAAAAUUCAAUAAAUGUGGGAAUUCUUUUUGCCUCAUACUCACUGUUUACUAAGGGAAUCAGGGAGCUUAUACUGAAAAAAAUUUAAUAUGACUAUAGAAAAGCCUCAUAUUACCACUCAAAAUAUAUUAAACUAUGAGAAUUCCUAAUAAAAAAUGACCCUAUUAAAAUAUUUUAUGGCUGUGCCUUUUGCCAUUUACCUUAUUUAAUUAACAUUAUCUCACUUCCACCAAUAUAUUGACUAUACAACAUUGCACAAAUUAUGCAGUGUCUGAGUUCCUCAGUUUAUUUAUUUUUAAGCCGUGAUAAUUAUGUGUAUCUAAUAGAGUUUUUAUGAGGACUGUCAGAAAUUUUACAUAAGCCCAUGCUCAAUAAAUACUAGUUAUUGUCAUUAAUUAAUAACAGUAUUACUGUUAAGGACAUAAGUCCUAGGGUGGCUCAGAUGGUAAAGAAUCUGUCUGCAAUGCCGGAGACCUGGGUUCCAUCCCCAGCUCAGGAAGAUCCCCUGGAGAAGGAAAUGGCAACCCACUCUAGUAUUCUUGCCUGGAGAACCCCAUGGACAGAGGAGCCUGGUGGGCUACAGUCCAUGGGGUCUUAAAGAGUUGGACACGACUGAGCGACUAAGCAUACAUACAUAUUACUGUUAAGGAGUUAGGAGUUCAUGUAAGAGGUGGGCCUUAUGAAUAUAUCAAAUGUGAAAAAACCUUCAAAACCACCUCUUCUGAAAAACAGUAGCAAAGUAAUUAUCAUGAGAAGAUGUUCAUUGAAAGGGUUGUAAAAUUUCAAGAUGAGAAAUGGAACAGAAGAGUAGUCAAAAAAAAUCUGCCCAACUGAGGAAUCUAAAACCACCUCCAAGUAUAACUUCAAGAGAAUCAAAACUAAAAUUACAAACUAGAAGUGAAUGGCAGUGGAUUCUGCAUAUCAAAGCCAGUUCAUGGGACUUCCGUGGUGAUCCAGUGGUUAAGACCCUGUACUUGCACUGCAGGAGGCACGGGUUGGAUCCUGCAUGCCGCCUGAUAUGGUCAAUAAAUAAAUAAACAGUUCAGUGUAACCACAGCUGUACUUCUGUCAGAACCCAAGGUAUAAAAGUAGAUUAAAGGAUCCAAGUAAAUCUCCAGCAUCUACUCCUUGCCAAUCCCAUACUAAACACAUUAAGUGAACAGUCAAUUAAAAGAGGAAAUUAUCACAUCAACCCAAGUUAACAGUAAGAAUGAUUCUUAAAAAUAAAAGAACAAGCCAAUAAAAUCAGAAACAACAGUAGACCUAAACUGAAAGUUAACAGCAGACCUCCCCUGGUGGUCCAGUGGUAAGGAAUCCACCUGCCAGUGUAGGGAACAUGGGUUUGAUCCCUGAUCCAGGGAGAUUCUACAUGCCCCAAGGCAACUAAGCCAGGGUGCCACAACUACUGAGCAGCCCACGCACCACAACUAGAGAAAGCCCAUGGGCAACAUUGAAGACCCACACAGCCAAAAAUAAAAAAAUACAUAAAAUUGUUAAAAAAAAUUUUAAUAGACUUUGAGAAUGCUGAUGUAGGAAAAAAAAAGACAUUUAGCAGUAUGAAGGAGGAGGGGGUGUUUUUAAAAAAUAGCUACUAUGCAUGACUAAUUAUUUAGAAAUCUAGAAAGAAUGGAUUUUUGUAAAAAUAUCAAAAUUGAUUUAAGAAAAUAUGGGAUUUCUGAACAAUCAGUGAUUGUGGAAGAACAUAAAAAGUCAUCCAAGCUCUGUCUCUUUAGAGAAAACAGUUUAACCUACAAAAGCUUAAAGAACAAAUAAUACCUGAGAAAAGCUUGCCAGUUCAUCAUCAAGGCUAAAUAAAAUUAUGAUUAAAGAAACUCAACAAGGAUAGCUUCUGAAGAACAAACUGUAGAUAAUUAUCAUUUGUGAAGAUAAAUAGAAUUCCAGUUAAUUUGAUCCAGUUUAUCAGAAUUAAUUUUAGAUGGAAUGUCUGGAAUUGUACCCAUUUCUGGAUUAAAUACUCAGUUCAGUUCCGUCGCUCAGUCAUGUCCAGCUCUUUACGACUCCAUGAAUGGCACGCCAGGCCUCCCUGUCCAUCACCAACUCCCGGAGUCCACCCAAACCCAUGUCCAUUGAGUCGGUGAUGCCAUCCAACCAUCUCAUCCUCUGUCAUCCCCUUCUCCUCCUGGCCUCAAUCUUUCCCAGCAUCAGGGUCUUUUCAAAUGAGUCAGCUCUUUGCAUCAGGUGGCCAAAGUAUUGGAGUUUCAGCUUCAACAUCAGUCCUUCCAAUGAACACCCAGGACUGAUCUCCUUUAGGAUGGACUGGUUGGAUCUCCUUGCAGUCCAAGGGACUCUCAAGAGUCUUCUCCAACACCACAGUUCAAAAGCAUCAAUUCUUUGGUGCUCAGCUUUCUUUAAAUAUUAGAAUUUUGAUAUUUUAACUCCAGGAUAUGAUGGUGAUGGGGGAAAAGACCUUGAUCCAACUCCAGGAACAUCCAGGUCAGGGCCUGUGAAUGAAUCUGAGAAUCUUAGAAAACACAUUCCCUCAGCCCUCGUAGCCUGGGGCAGAAUACCCAUUGCACCCAGUGUCUGGGGCAGAAUAUUCAUUGCACCCUGAUGCCAUCCAUCUUCUCAGUCAUCCUGUGUGUUCAGUCAAAACACCUGCAUUUUCUACGUAUACCAUUGCCUACAAAGGGUUUAGAAAACAGUGUGCUGUAUGUCAUUUUUCUUUAAGUGGCUUAAUGAUUAGGAUGUACAGUUGGAAGGGCUCAAAGCUAUGACAUUAAAAAUUAUCUCUCAUGGGACUUCCCUGAUGGGAUGGGCCUUCCCUCAUAGACCAGUUGGUAAAGAAUCCCCCUGCAGUGUAGGAAACCCCAGUUUGAUUCCUGGGUCAGGAAGAUCUGCUGGAGAAGGGAUAGGCUACCCACUCCAGUAUUCUUGGGCUUCCCUUAUGGCUCAGCUGGUAAAGAAUCUGACAGCAAAGCGGGAGACCUGGGUUCCAUCCCUGGGUUGGGAAGACCCCCUGGAGAAGGGAAAGGCUACCCACUCCAGUAUUCUGGUGUAGAGAAUUCCAUGGACUAUACAGUCCAUGGGGUCACAAAGAGUCGGACAUGACUGAGCAACUUUCAGUAGUUAAGACUCUGCUUCCACUGCAGGGGGCACAGGUACCAUCCUUGGUCAGGAAACUAAGACCCUGCUUGCCAAGGGACACAGCCACAAAAAAGAAAAAUAACUCUGAAUAGUUUAAACGCAGGCACAGGAUAAAAAAUUUUCAAGUUAAAUUUUGUAUUCACAUAAGUGAAUCUUCAUACAUUCUUCUCACCCUGUCCUCCUUCAUGUAGCAAUCACUGCUAUCAAGUUCAUGUAUAUACUUCCUGAUUUCUCUGUUUGCUUAAGUGUCAACAUACACAUAACACUCUUUAUAAAAAUGUUUUACAUAAAUGGUAGCAAAUUUCUGUACAUUUCUAUGAAUAGUUUUGCUUAGCCAUAUACCUUAAAGAUUGGACCACAUCAAUACAUAGUCGCCUUAUUCUUUUGUAACAACUGCAUAGUAUUCCAUAUGUUUCAUAAUUUCUUUAACUUCAUCAAUUUAGUUUUUACUAAUUUUUGCUCUUUCCAACAAUCUAAUAAUAUCCUUGCACGUACAUUAUUUUAUAUAUGUGUAAUAUAUCCUUAAGAUGAAUUUCUAAAAGUGGAAAUGUUAGAUCAAAAUGUAUAUACUUUUUAAAAGCUUUCUAUCCUCACAGACUCUUACAAUGUACCCAGUGUUCCCAUGACCAACUUCAGUAAUUACCAUUUUAUGGCCAGGCUUGUUUUAUCUGUAUUUCCACCAACUCCUCCAACUCCAUGUUGUUUUUGAAAUAAAACCCAGAUAUAUCAUUUCAACUAUAAAAAUUUUAAUAUGUAUCUCUAAUAAAAUAUAUCACAAUUUUACAAAAAAUUUUCACACCUUAAAAAAAUUGAGAGUACUGCCUUAAUGCUAUUACAUAUCUGAUAGGCAGUGUUCUUUCUGAUUGUUUCAUGAAUGUCUGUUUCAUGAAUGUCAAUUUUUUAAAAGUUAAUCAGGAUCCAAAUAAUGUCCAAAAAUUGUAGUUGAUUGUUGUUUUUUAAGCCUCAGUCUAUGCAUUCUCCUUUAUCCUUGUUUUUGCCUCCAGCAAUUUAAUUUUUGAAAAAGCUAUUUUGUUUGCCUUUAAGUUUCUUAGACCUUGGUUUUUGCUGGCAGAUCCCAGUGAUCAGUUUAACCUGCUCCUCUAUCCUUGGUAUUUCCUAUAAGUUGGUACUUGAUAUCAAGGAUACAUUGAGGUUCAAUUUUUGUUGUUAAGAUUUCUUAUAAGUGGUUAAUAUUGAGAGGCAUAAUAUUUAGGUGUCUUUUUAUGAUGUAGCAGCCAUUGAUGUUCAAUUCUGUUAAUUGGUAAAUCUGUUAAUAGGGACUACAAAAUGAUAUAUUAUUCCUUUUCCCUUUUUUAGCUAGAAUACUUUUAUAAAGAAAAACGUCCCCUAAACUGCUGUUUGGUUACCCAUGCAAAGACAAGUUUCCAAAAUAAUGAGCUGGUUCUCUAGCCUACUGCCAUGGUAACCAGUGAGUUUAGGGUGGUGUGUAUGUGAAACAUAUUCAGUACAUUUAAAUCUAUGUAAGCUGUACUCUCAUUGAUGCUCAGAUUGUCCCCUGUGUGGUUUGACACAGGAGUGUCAAAAAGGACACUUGUCUUUGAUCACUGGCUUGGUGUCUGCCACAGUAGGAUGUCCCAGGCUCGUCUUUUUCAUUUCCCUAGUUCCCACCUUGAUGUAGCCAUUUUCUAAGGAGUCCUUUUUCUUUCUGGUAAUUUGGUACUUUCCAAAAUGGUAUUUAGAAACCACAGUCACUAGUUGUACGUCAUUCUGCUGUUUGGACAUUUUUUUAUAUAAAUACACAUUUUAGGCCAUUUUGUAUAAAUCACUCAAGUGCCUUCAGGAAGAUUAUGCAUCUAUGCAUCUGCCCACCUUACAAGAGAUCCCAAAGCACCACAUGAAUCCAUCUAAUAUUUAUUGAAUGUUCACCAUUGGCUGGGUGAAAAAUGGAAAAGUCACUUUUGUUUUUUCUUUCAUUCCUUUGAUUAUGAUGAAUAGAGAUGACCAUUGUUCACAUAGUUGUUGACCACUGGUUUUGCUUUCAGCAUGGUGCCUAAAAUAUAGUAGGUGCUCAAUAAAUAUUUAAUUGAAUAAAUUAAUUGUAUAUCCAUAUGCUUUAUUCACUUAAUAUUGAGGUAGUCAUAUUUUUCUUACUUGAGAGAACUAUUUUUAAGAGGAAUAAAUGUGUACAAAAUUCCUAGUACAAUGCCUGAAAUUCAGCAAGUGUUAGUUCCCUGCCUUGUUGUUUGUGUCCAUUGUUAUUUGUGCCUCUGAUUGGGUUUAUUUUUCUACUUUAAGAAAUGGAGGGACUUCCCUGGUGGUCCAAUGGCUAAGACUCCACACUCCCAGUGCACAGGGCCCGGUUCAAUCCCUGGUCGGGGAACAAGAUCCCACAUGCUCCAACUAAGAGUUCACGUGCUGCAACUAAGACCCAGUGCAGCCAAAUAAAUAAAUAAAAAUUUAGUUAAAAGAAAGAUAAGUUGAGAGUCAAAGAGACAAAGUAGUUUGCCCAAGGCCUCUUAAGUGGAAGAUCCUAAUUUCAAGGACAAGGGCACGACAGGGUAGAGUUUCAUGUGUACAGAUUUGAGUGUAUGACUGAAAAGGAAAAAGAGCAAUGUUUUUUUCAGAUAAUCUAUAAAUUUCAGUCUGAAAAAAACACUGGUGGCUCAGAUGGUAAAGAAUCCACCUGCAAUGCAGGAGAUCUGGGUUUGAUCCCUGGGUUGGCAAGAUCCCUUGGAGAAGGGAACAUCUACCCACUCCAAUAUUGUGGCCUGGAGAAUUCCAUGGACUGUAUAGUCCGUGGGGUUGCAAAGAGUCAGACACGACUGAGUGUCUUUCACUUAUAAAUUGCAGUCAGUUCAUGGCCCUAACACAGAAAGUGGAAAUGCUAGGAACAAAAGGAUGAAAGAACUUAAUAAGAUUUUUGUUUGUUUUAUCCUUAUAAAAAAGUAAAAAUGCCCAAAUAGAAUACAGAGAAUAUAGGAAAAUGGGAGGGAAAAAUGUUUACCUUAAACAUAAAUGUUACCAUUUUUGCACACUUCCUUCUAGCUUCGAAGUUUUUAAAAAUUCAAACUUUGUCUUUACUAUGGAACACUUCAAACAUGCACAGAAGUAGAAAGUGUAGUAGAAUGAGCCCUCAUAUUCUCAUCACCCUGCUAUAUAAACCAUCAGCUGAGGAGCUUCCCUGAUAGCCCAGUGGUUAAGACUUUGCCUUCCAAUGCAGGGGGUAUAGAUUUGAUCCCUGGUUGGAGAGCUGAGAUCCCACAUAUCUUACGGCCAAACAGAAGCAAUAUAGUAACAAAUUCAGUAACUUUUAAAAAUAGUCCACAUCAAAAAAAAAAUCUAAAAAACCGUCAGCCCGUGGUCAGGGUUGUUUGUCUGUACUCACAUCUACUUCCUGUUUCAUGGGAUUCUUUUGAAAGCUGAUCUCAGAUGUUAUAUGAUGACAUCUGAAAAUAUUUCAGUAAUUAUCUCUUAAAGGGACUUUUAAAAAUAUCGGUAAGAAUUUCUAAUCCUGAGCCUCUAGUAGAAAACAGUAAAAUUUUUUACCAAAUGCAUUUCAGCUGAUUCUCACUGUGAUUGCAGAGAAAGUUGUUUCAUAUGCAUAGGAGAAUUAGGAAUUUAGGACAAGACUUUCCUAGAAACGACAUUCUCUCCUAGAUUCUCUCUUUUCUUUUCAAAAAGAAAAAUUAUCAGAUGUGAUUGUGAAAUGUGAAGGGUUUUUUAUUGUUUGUAUGAAAAAUAACUGACAUGGUACAAGUUUUACCCAUAAUUCUAAAUCUUUGAUGUGUUUAGAAUUGCAUUUGCUACUCUGUUCUUAGGAGGCAGUCAGAUACCUGUUGAAUGACUGAGUUAAUAAAGUAGGCAAGUAAUAAAAUAUUUUUAUGGUGAGGAAAGAUGUAGGUGGGGAACUUUCCCUUUAAAAAAUUUUUUUUAAGAUAAAUAUAGAUAUGAAAUUACUCACUUAGAAGUCACCAUGCCUUAAACCUUGGCUGAAGAAUUUCACAAGUAAUUCCGAAGAAUUAACUUAUUUUUUUUGGCUAGGCUGUAUGGCUUGCAGGAUGUUAGUUCCCUGAACAGGGAUCCAACCCAGGUCCCAGUAAAAGCACCAAGUUUUAACCACUGGACCGCUAAGGAAUUCCCAAGAAUUCACAUAUUUUAAUUUUGGAAAUAAAGUUUGAUAUUUCAUCUUUGUUAGAUUCAUAAGCAACAUUAAUGAUGGACCAGGUUGCUUUACUAUUCCAGCUAGGAAUCCCUCAGGCAUCUCAAGUGUAAUAUCUAAAGCCAGGUUUACAUCUCCACCACCCCCACCUUACAGCUCCAAAAUCCUCUUUUUCUUCCACGUUUCUAAUAUAUCUUCUAACAAUGUCCCAGUUGGCCUGGUCUCCCAAGCCAUAAAUACACUAUUGGCUAUGAGUUCUAGUACCUUAUCUUCCACAUCUGAAAUAUCAGCUUUAGGAUCAGGUCUGGACUCUAUCACUAGAUAGAUAUGAUAACCUAGCUUCUCUAAGCAUCUGUUUGGGGCUCAUAAUAGUACCUCAUGGAGUUAUCAUGAAAACUUCAAUGUGAAAACCUAGCAGAGUUUCCAGCACAACAACAAAAUCAGAAAGAAAAGUCUGAUGUUACAUAACAAUUCAAAGUUACUUUAAUAAUUGCAGGCAUACCUAAAUUGACCCAUUCCUAGUCAUACAAAUAAGCUCCUCUAAUUCAGUAAAUGGCCCCCAUUGCCCACCCUGAUACCCAGGGACCCUCCUUGGCCUGCCUCUCCCUGGUUAUUUUGAAAUCUCUUUUGCUUCUAUCACUGGGGCAUUUCUGGAACACACACCCCUUUGGUGAGUACCAUGAAGAGGUACUUUAGGGUGAUAAGCCCUGAGGCCAGAAUUCCUGAGUUCAAGUACUCUACUUUACUUGCCAAGUGGCCUUGAACUAGCUUCAUAAUUUGUGUCUAGGUAGUAAUUCUUAUGUGCGGAUACAAAUAAUAUACGCUUAGAGCGCGUCUGGAACAUAGUAAAGGUUGAGUACAUUUAAUUCAGUUCAACUCUACUUACUGAGCACCUACUAUAUGUCAAGCACUAUUCUAGACCCUGGAGAUACAGUAGUGAGCAACACAGACAAAAAGCCCCUCCUUCCUGCAGGUUGUAUUCCAAAUAGGGGAAGAGAGACCAACAUCAUAAGUCAAUUUUGCAGUAUGUUGGAAGGUGUUAUGCAGUGAGGUGAAAAAAAGGGCAGGGUAAGGAGAUCAAGAAUGGGAGGGAUGUUGCAAUACAGCGAUUGCUAGUUAUUGUCAUCACCAAGUAUUUAAUAAUUGUUCUUUUAUAUAUGUUAAUACAUAUAUGUGUUUCUUACUUAUUAAUUAAUGAACUCAUUACUGUUUAUCAUUUGUUGUUGUUGUUUAGCCGCUGAGUCUUGUCUGACUCUGCAACCCAAUGGACUAUAUAUAGACCACUAGGAUCCUCUGUCCAUGGAAUUCUCCAGGCAGGAAUACUGGAGUGGGUUGCCAUUUCCUUCUCUAGGGGAUCUUCCUGACCCAGAGAUCAGACCCACAAUCUCCUGCUUCGAAGGCAGGUUCUUUACCGCUGAGCCACCUGGGAAACCCUUAUUUAUAGUUGUGCUAUGCUAAGUCAUUUCAGUCACGUCUGACUCUUGAUGACACUCUGGACUGUAGCCCACCAGGCUCCUCUGUCCAUGGGAUUCUCCAGGCAAGAAUACUGGGGUGGGUUCCUGUGCCCGCCUCCAGGGGAUAUUCCUAGGAUAAAACCUGUGUCUCUUUCCUCUCCUGCAUUGGCAGGUAGGUGGAUUCUUUACCAUUAGCGCCACCUGGGAAGCCCUUAUUUAUAGUUAUUAAGUGCUAAUUAUUAAGUAGUAUAACCAGUGAUCAUUGUUUAUCAUUGUUACAAUUUUAUUAUUGCCUUAAGUCAGCCCUCAUCAUCUCUUAUGUUUCCUCAGAAAGCUGUAUCUAAAAUCAACUAUGUUCCAUCAAUAGUCUUCACUCACUUAAGGAAUAGAGUGACCUAACUGAAACUUAGCUCUGCUUUGCUCAUCAGCUUCAGCUCUUAGGCCUCCCUCUGGAUCUACCUAAGUCACUUGCAGCUCAUCCUCACAGCAUAUUGUGAUUUCCUGUGACAUAAUGACACAAGAAAGGGACAAGUCACUCUGUGACCAAAUCUGAAAUGAGAGACAAUAAUGCUCUGCAACCACAAAAAUGACAUGGUUCAUGGUACAUGGUUCAGGGUCAUGACUAUUCUUCUAGCUUCUAAUACCCAAGGGGACGUGGGGACUUCCCUGGUGGCCCAGUAGCUAAGGCUCCACACUCCCAAUGCAGGGGCCCUGUGUUCCAUCCCUGGUCAGGGUUACUGGAUCCCACACACUGCAACUAAGAGUUUACAUGCCACAACUAAAGAUCCUGCAUGCUGCCACUAAGACCCAGCACAGCCAAAUAAAUAAAUAUUUAUUUUAAAAAAGCCUGACAUGAAGGGGAAAGGUAUCAGGAAAGACAGGAGAUUUUCUUGGGCAGUCUUUCACCUUCAUUAGAUGCCCAGAGUCCUGAUGCAGGAACUGGAAGGAAAGAUGCUUCAGGCCUUGGCAAGCAAACACAUCCACCUUUGGGGAACAUGGAUGGCCUCUGAGGACAGAACCCUUGAAAUCCAGAGGGCAGCCCCUGGCUCAGGCUCCCUCCUGGGGAUGGUCAGGGUCUUGAGACACUUUAGCUGGGGAAGGGCAGAGAAGAGGCUCCCAGACUCACCUGACUGUGCCUCACCCUCCUUCAACCUGGGGGAUCAGUCCUUACCCUCUGACCUGCAUACAUCUUUUCUGAUACCCACAGUCCUGCAGCUCUUUCCGCUUUACCCACACCAGCGGGAAAUCAGCCCCCUCUUCCUUUCUUACCCACUAUGCCUGGGGAUGUAGUAACAGCCCUGUUUUGCAAAUGAAGAAACAGACUUGGGGUGGUUAGAGCAAAGCCAGCAACAGAACCAGGAUCUGAAUUCAUAUUGGGCUUAGUAGCAAGCCCAAUAAGAUAGCUCAGAGAGACAGUGAGAAAAAACUACAAUAGGGACUUCCCUGUUGGGUCCAUUGGUUAAGACUCCAUCCUUCCAAUGCAGGGAGCGUGGGUUCCAUCCCUGGUCAGGGAACCAAACUACAAUCCCACAUGCUGCAUGGUGCAGCCAAAAAGAAAUAAAUAAAAAUUUAAAAUAAAGAAAAAUCCACAAUGGGA